UAAGAAACCUAACAGAAGACACGUUUAUAAAGACAUGUACAUGAGUUCACCGUCUAACCUUAUACAGUUUUACCAUUUAUGACAAGUGUAUGUACAUGGCAAGUGCAAAACUUGUUAUUGCAUCAACAAGGAAUACAAUACAGAACUGUUGUUUAAGACAAGUAAACGAUCAUGGCGACAGGAGGUGGGUCAUCGAUAGAAGAAGAACAAGAACAUUUCACACGAAUACAAAUCGCUCUCUCGGACUGUGGCAUUGCUGUGCUUAAGGAGCUGUUUUUACAGGGAGUUCGUGCCCAGUCCCCACCAGACCUCCCAAAUAAAUACUGGACUGUAGAUGAGUUUUUGCACGAGAACAAGAGACGCAUUUUGGGUUCACUUGACAAACAUAAGGAAAACAUAUUGUAUCCCUACAGACGAGACACUGAUCUAAACGAAUGGGAUAUGUCACUGUAUAUCGCUGUUACCCUUAGAGUAUGUUAUACGACAAGUGAACAUAGAAGAUUACGUCACGACAUUGCAAACUUAGGAAACCUUAGAAAUAAGCUGUGUCAUAAACCAGAUCACAGAUUAUCGGCUAUAGUUUAUAAUGCGUACGUCGGGCGCAUUCGUGGUUCAAUCAACCGAAUAUGUGAGUUUUUGUGCAAUCAAACUUUAACAGAAUUCGUCAACAAAACAUUAGAUAAGUACGAGAGUUUGAAACAUGCAUAUCCAAAUGGCGUGUUGAACGAAUAUGUGAAAAACAUUGACACUGUUUCUGAAGACGACCUAGCCAUAGCAGGGGCUUUGGAGCAAAUACAACAACUUAUUAAUGAUACUGAAAUCCAGAUUGAAAUUCCAGUGAUCGACGUGUUGCUGUUAUUUAGACAUUACAACCAUGACGAUGAGGAAAAGGUUUCGAAAUAUAUAAGACAAACGUUUCUCACUGCAAUUCACCAAAGUUCUUUACAAGAAGGAGCUUUGGAAGAUCCAGACCGACUUGAGCGUGAUGAGCAAGAAAACACAGAUAGAAAUGUGGACGAUAAGGUCGUACAUAUACUUAAAGAACUGUUCAGAGAAAAAAGAAGAGUGGCUUAUGUCAAGCAAAGUUGUGUCACUCUUGGACUUCAAGUACCUGAUAUUGGAUCUGCAAUAGCUCUCAUGGAAGACAUAAUAUCUGGAAAGAUGUUUUCAUUAUUUGCACCCCUAGAGGAAAUGAUGAGGACUCUGGAAGGACACGAGUUGUUUGACAUUUAUGUGACAAUGGAAAGGAAAACAAGCUAUACAUUUCUGAAUGAGAUUGCUUCACAAAUCACGAGUUCAAGAAGUUUGAGUCAGGAAAUGACUCUGUCCGUGAAACAAGAUGACGAAUCUACUGAUGCGGUCAGGUGUAUUUAUCAUCCCUCCAGUUACAUUGAAAGGGGACAAGUAAUAAAUAAUCUGAUGUCAAAGGGAAAGAGCAAAUUAUAUCAAACAACUGUGGACGAGAUUCGUCGAGUACUGGAAAUUCCUCAACUAGAGAUGAAAGUUUUCAUAGAGGAUAUCAGUUGUCCAAAAAGUGUUGUUUCGUCAGUUGAUGAAACCCUCUUUCAAAAGAGUUUAAUGACAUGGCCGGAAUGGGCGCUGUGGAGACUUAAAGUUUUACCGCUUUGGAAAGCAUUUGGAUAUGACUUUACCGGUGAAUUCGAUGUUGACAGUUUGAGUUUGGAAUGUGGCGCAAACUCUUCCCCGCAAGAUUCACAGUUUUCCAGCAAUACCGACGAUGACAUGAGAAAGAACUUCACAAGUGAUUGGGAUUAUAGGGCAAGGUCCUCCUCGAAAGAUUUACAGUUUCCCAGCUUUACCGACGCUAACCAGGAAAUGGAGAACUUCAGAAUAAGGUCUCAGAUGACCAAACGCCUUGCGACUCCUGUCAUACGCAAACGGGCAACCGCUAAGAAGGCUUUAAUAGCGAGCCAGCGCUCUGAUGCUCUGACCCUCAAGUACCUAGGUGAAAUGAAACUGCUGGGAAAAGACGGACACGGGGAGGGAGGUUACAUAUCCGGGAUGGCUGUUGUAGAGGACAGGUUCCUGGUGGCCGCAGAUACUGAGAAAAGGUGUUUGCGAUGUUUUGAUAUGGAUAGUGGGACACAACAAGUGGGGCGGUAUGAUAGUGAAAUUCUUCCUUGGGAUAUAACGACAAUACGUGGGAAUCGUGUUGCGGUGACUUCUGCUGAUGAAGUAUGGUUUCUACGUGUGACUAAAAAGGGAGACUUCUUGUUUGAAAAUAAAAUAGAUGUUCACAAAAAUUGCUAUGGAAUAGCAUCCAGUGGUGACAACUUGAUUUUUUGUUACGAAGAUCCGCAUCAUGGAGUACAAUUACUGGAUAUGAAGGAAAAGUUAAUAAAGAAGUUUGAGAUAAACGAUGACGAUGAGGAACUGUUAAAAUGGCCUACCAACCUGGCAGUAAGCCCUGACCAAAGCACCAUAUACAUCACUGACAGGGUAAAACACACGGUGAUUGCUAUCACCAAGGAUGGCUAUUUUGUCGAUGGUGUGAAUGUAAAGGAGGAUUUACCUUCCUUAACAGGUAUUACUGUGGACUCUGCAGGUCGAGUCUACUUGUGUGGAUACGGCACUGUUUGUCUGAUGUCUCUUAAGACAGGCACCGUCACCCCGCUGCUUGGGACUAAGGGCGGUAUAAGGUAUCCGCGCUGCGUGGCAGUCUGUGAUAAAACACAACGUCUGUACGUGGGGUCAUGCAGCGAGGCGAUAAAAGUGUUUAAAAUGCCAAAAUAGACUACGGUGUGGUAAGAAAAUGUGAGGUAAUAUGAGUCUCAAACGUUGCACGAAAUGUUUCUGGUUUAAAAUACAAGGAAGAAAUCAAUAAGAAGUAAUAAGUAGUAAUGUAUAAAUGACUAUUGCUCGUUGUAUCAUAUGCAAAAAUUUAAACCUUUAUUUCAUUUAAUAUUUCUUUAAAAAACAAUUCGAGUGCAAUGACGCAUGAAAGAAGCACUUUGUGAGUAAACAAAAACACUUCUAUAAAAGAAUGUAUAUCAUUGUAUGUUGCGUGUUUAAGUCAAAAUAAAAUGUGUUUUUGUAUUAUGAACACAAAUGUUGUUCUUUUAACACUUAUGCAUCUAAAUAUUGGCCAAACGUUUGUGUGUGCUUUUUUACAGUAUAGUGGUUUAUUCAGAAUAAUAAUAUGUAUAUGCAUAUUUUAAUAAGCUCCUUUAAAAUUUGCUUUUUUAUAUAUAGUGUUCCGCUCGACUCUUAAAAAAGAUUGUCAUAGCUUUGGUAGAGACGUCGAUUUUACAGUCGUCUCUAUUUUUUGGCAAUUGCUCAGAAGCCAUUGAAGUAUUAGGUACUUUUACUUGCUUUUUAUUUCAAUUCACACAUUUGCAUAAAGGCUCAAUCUGGUUACAUUAAGUUUUGCUCCUUGGUAAAUUGAGAAGCACAGAGGAGCGUUGGUAUUCGCUAGCAUUUCAUCUUAUGAACAAUAUUCUGCUACACUUCUGUAUAGAUGCAAAUGAAUGCGUGUAUGUUAUAUAUCCACAAUACAUGUUAUGUGCGCCAUUUUUGGUUUUACGCUUUUUUUGAUGAAUCUUUGAUAAUGAUAAUGUACAUCUGUACAUUUUGAAAGAUAAUUUACUUCUGUAUAAUUUAGUAUGAUUAUAUACUUCCGUAUAAUUUUGAAUGAUGAUAAACUCUUUGUAUAAUGUAGAAUGACUUUGUACUUUUGUAUACUUUUGAAUGAUUAUAUACUUUUCCAUGAUGGUGUUUAUAUAUUUCUCUACCAUGUUGUUUGGUAGUUCUUUAUGAUGUCUGUAUAAAAAUGUACAUCCGUAUAAUGCUGUAUGAUAAUGUACAUCUGUAUAAUGCUGUAUGAUAAUGUCCAUCUUCAUAAUGUUGUAUGAUAAUGUCCCUCUGUAUAAUGCUGUAUGAUAAUGUCCAUCUGUAUAAUGCUGUAUGAUAAUGUCCAUCUUCAUAAUGUUGUAUGAUAAUGUUCCUCUGAAUAAUGUUGUAUGAUUAUGUGCAUCUGUAUACUCUUGUAUGAUAAUACACUUCUCUGUGAUGUUGUAUAUUACUAUACUUCUGUAUAAUGUUGUAUGAUAAUGUUAAUCUUCAUAAUGUUGUAUGUUUAUCUGCAUUUUAACAAUGAUGUAUAAUAGCGUACAUCUAUAUAAUGUUGUAUGACAAUACACAUCUAUAUAAUGUUGUAUGAUAAUGAACAUCUGUAUAAUGUUGUAUCGCAAUACACAUCUGUAUAAUGCUGUAUGAUAAUGAACAUCUGUAUACUGUUGUAUGGUAAUGUCCAUCUGUAUAAUGUUUUAUGAUAAUGUACAUCUGUAUAAUUUUGUAUGAUAAUGAACAUCUGUAUAAUGUUGUAUGACAAAGAACAUCUGUAUAAUGUUGUAUGAUAAUGUCCAUUUGUAUAUUGCUGUAUGAUAAUGUGCAUCGGUAUAAUGCUGUAUGAUAAUGCACAUCUGUAUACUGUUGUAUGAUAGUGUCCAUCUGUAUAAUGCUGUAUGAUAAUGUCCAUCUGUAUAUUGCUGUAUGAUAAUGUGCAUCUGUAUAAUGCUGUAUGAUAAUGAACAUCUGUAUACUGUUGUAUGAUAAUGUCCAUCUGUAUAAUGUUUUAUGAUAAUGAACAUCUGUAUAAAGCUGUAUGAUAAUGUGCAUCUGUAUAAUGUUGUAUGAUAAUGUAUAUGUGUGUAUGUUAAGGUAUGCAUGCAUACUGUGUUUGUCUGAUAAAG